UGCCUGUCCGGGAUCGGAGCCUCUGCCUUGCUGCUCCAUCAAUCCUGGGGCUGCCGCCUGGGCCCCUUGCUGCCAUGGAGGCAGUCCUGCCCGCCCCCGCCCUGCCCUCGGUCGCUGAGGGACCUAGGCGUGUCUCCUUUAGACAGCAUGAUCCGCGUUGGAACCAAUUACCAGGCUGUAAUUCCAGAGUGCAAGCCUGAGAGCCCGGCGCGAUACAGUAACAAGGAGCUGAAGGGGAUGCUGGUGUGGUCACCCAACCACUGUGUGUCAGAUGCCAAGCUUGACAAGUACAUUGCAAUGGCCAAGGAGAAGCAUGGUUAUAACAUAGAGCAGGCACUGGGCAUGCUCCUCUGGCAUAAGCAUGAUGUGGAGAAGUCCCUGGCCGACCUGGCCAACUUCACCCCAUUCCCUGACGAGUGGACUGUGGAGGACAAAGUGCUGUUUGAGCAGGCCUUUGGCUUCCAUGGCAAGUGCUUCCAGCGGAUCCAGCAGAUGCUGCCAGACAAGCUGAUUCCCAGCCUGGUGAAGUAUUACUACUCUUGGAAGAAAACCCGCAGCCGGACUAGCGUGAUGGACAGACAGGCACGGCGCCUGGGUGGCCGAAAGGACAAGGAAGACAGCGAUGAGGUUGAAGAGGGACGAGGAGCUGUGAGUGAGGGAGAGCCAGAUGCUGGAGACCCCAAGAGAGAGCCUCUGCCCUCCCGGCCCUUGAAUGCACGCCCGGGUCCAGGAAAGAAAGAGGUUCAGGUGUCUCAGUACCGCCACCACCCACUGCGAACCCGGCGACGCCCACCUAAGGGCAUGUACCUGAGCCCUGAGGGCCUCACUGCAGUGUCAGGGAGCCCAGAUCUUGCCAACCUCACACUCCGUGGUCUUGACUCCCAGCUCAUCUCUCUCAAGCGCCAGGUGCAGAGCAUGAAGCAGACCAACAGCAGCCUCCGCCAAGCCCUGGAGGGUGGCAUUGACCCACUUCGCCCCCCUGAGGCCAAUACCAAGUUCAACUCCCGCUGGACCACAGAUGAGCAGCUUUUGGCUGUGCAAGCCAUCCGUAGAUAUGGCAAAGACUUUGGGGCUAUUGCAGAGGUGAUUGGGAACAAGACUCUGACCCAGGUGAAGACAUUCUUUGUGAGCUACCGGCGACGCUUCAAUCUGGAGGAGGUGCUUCAGGAAUGGGAAGCUGAGCAGGAUGGGGCCCCUGGGGCCCCUGGAGCCCCAGUUCCCAUGGAAGAGGCUAGGAGAGGGGCUCCCUUGCCAGCGCCAGCCCUAGAGGAAGAUGAUGAGGUCCAGAUUACAUCUGUCUCAACAUCUGUGCCUCGAUCAGUCCCCCCUGCACCACCACCCCCUCCACUGCCCACCUCACUGUCUCAGCCACCCCCACUUCUGAGACCACCUCUGCCCACAGCUCCUACUCUGCUUCGCCAGCCACCCCCACUACAGCAGGGCCGCUUCCUGCAGCCCCGGCUGGCCCCCAACCAGCCCCCACCACCUCUCAUCCGCCCUGCUUUGGCUGCCUCCCGCCACAGUGCUCGCCCAGGCCCUCAGCCCCCACCCACCCUGAUUGGAGCCUCCCUGGAGCAUCCAGCACCCUCACUCUGAGCCCUGGGCUCCUGCACCACACCACCCAGAAGCACCUGAGCCUCUUUGGUGGACACCCUUGGGUAUCUUUGGGGUCACUGACAAGCCACUAGGGCUCUUGCCAGG